UGCGGGAUGACUUGGCGUGGGCGUGGGCCUGGGCUCGAACUCGAACUCGAACUUGAAAAUGGGAACAUUUCGAUCCGACGAUUAGUUAGUAUCCGUAAACACCACAACAUUAAGAACCAAGUCGGGGCUAUAGAAGCCACUUAUAUUUAAUGACAUUGUUAUCGCUUUCUGUUGCGGUUCAUGGUAGGAAGGGACGGAGCCUUGCGUGGGACUUAUAAUGGAAGCCUCAACAUGCACAGCCACCAUCGUGCCUUGCUUCGUAGCAAAUGUCGGAUUCUUCGCGCUACAGCUUUAAAAACCCCCAAAUUCCGAGUAUAAUGAAUAAGUCCUUCAAGAAUCUACUUUCCACGAAACUAUCACUAUUAUCAUACUAUGCGAGACGAUGUCCCUCGCAUUUCUCCUUUUCUUAGCCACGCCUGGCGUUGCUGACGACUCUCCCAUUGACCCGUACCAGUACUGGGACUACUCACAUGGCGCACUAGCGUACAAUGCGACCUAUGAUGCAAAUCGCAUUCUUUGUGUAUACCCGUUGAGUGGCCAAUACUCGCUCCUGAAUCGAUUACUUUACUACGCCUUGAUUGUCUUCGCGGUCGUCGGGCAUUCUCACCCAUGGCUUGUCACGGGUCCGCUAGCAUACAUUAUGACGUACUCGAGCACCGCAGCUGUGCAUGCUCUGAUCAUGGCAAUUGUGAGCGAAAAGGGUCUCCUCGAUAUCGACGUGUUAGGGACAUGGGCCAUCAUCAGUAUAGGAUGCCUUGCCGUCCUGCCAAUAUUUACCACAUCGAAGGCUAUAAGCGAAUCCCAGUACAGCCCAGUAUUUGGAUUCUGGGGCACAUUGAUGUCGAUCGGAGUUAUAUGCAGCUUAGUUUCCAUACACAGGGAAUAUCCCGAUGAGCUGGAGUGUCGGUCGAGCACCAAUAUGCUGUUAACAAGUCAGGCUCAGCUGUUAGACCACACCUUUAAUUGCAGUUAUACCUGCUUCGGAAGCAGCCAGCCUCUGCGCGCGACAUCCGAGAUUGCAAUCAUUUCCAAGAAGGCGAUAUUUGGGCAUUUUAAUAUCUUGCAAGGUGCUCUUGCUCUAACAGGAGCUUUUGGCGUCAUUUCUGCUUUGUUUGGAUGCAUACCAAUGCAUAGAAAAUCCACAGAAGCCGAACUUAGAGACACAAUUCGCCACAACCAGCCUAGGGAGGGUUUUGAAACCGCUAAAGUUGCCAGAUCCAAAAGGAGCGCACGCAAACAUGCAAGAGACGAGCUUAAUAGAGGCGAGUACAAACCUAGCACCAUGACAAUGUGUUGGACAAUUUUCGCCGUUCCAUCCGUCGCAAUUGUGAUCAUCCUCAACGAAGUGUUUAUCCUAGCCCACGAUGGCGGGUUUGAAUCCAGCGAAAAGCCGUACGUUAUUGGACAAUGGGGCCCUUGGGUAAGUGUAUUACUCGCAGCAAUUGCAGCAUGCAUGGUCAAAUUUUACACACCAAGCUGGAAGGCGCGACAAAAGAUCCUUCUUGAAGAACGCGAGGCAUUUAAGCGUCGAAACGGGAUAGAAGAUCAAGGACAUACCGACGCCAAAAAUGAAUCUAGCAAGCAGUUGCCAGCAAGAAGCAUUGAUGACGUCGAAGCUGGGUUGAAGACGCUGGAAAGUCCUAUAAUAGCGGCUGCAAAAAACGGAUUCAUGGCGGCCUUAUCGAAUAAUGUUUCAAAUUGCUCAGAUAAAGUAGCCAAGGUCAUUGCCCUAGGCACAGCAUCAGCAAAUGGACACACGGAGGCUAUACUUCGAAUACUCGACUCCGGUGUCAAUGUCAAUGAAAAAGACCAGUUUGGACUCACAGCAUUGAUCCGGGCAUCUUGGGCCGGACACGAAUCAGUUGUAAAAUUAUUGCUUGAGAGAGGAGCAAUAGCUUCGGGUUGGCAGGGCAAAAUGGCAGUGACUCGUGCUUCGCAAAAUCACCAUUUCAACGUUGUACAGAUAUUACUUAAUCACGGGGCUUCCAAAGGUAUCUAAGGAAUGUGAUAUUUUUAAUCAACCCAGACUGAUGAUAUGACUGUGAUAUAUCAUAUUAAGAGCCCCCUCCCAGCUCCUCUACCACUAUGACAGUUCCCCUUUUGGUAUUUUGAGCUUCCCUCCCGUCAUCUAUAUAUAUAUAUGUACCCGCUAUCCACCCCAUAAAACUGUCACGUGUUGCAACACAACACAACACAACACUCUUCUAUAUCUAUCACUCCCUAUAAUGGUAUGGCUAAGAUCGCAUCUUCUCCGGGCGCGUAAUACGUACAUUAUCGUCAGAUCUCUACAAGG